AUGACAAACAAAUUUCAAUUGUUAUGUCAGGAGUUGGUCUACACCGGAAUCGUGACGAUUUCGCUAUUCAUCACAGCUAUCAUUCACCUCUCAUUGACCGCGAGGGCUGACUAUCGAUACGCACUGACCUAUUAUAGCAGUUACUUAGGCACCAGCUUUUUCGGCACUUACAUCGCCGCCGGAGUGUUUGGUUUACUAAACUUCAUCGCAUACGGCGCCGGAACUGCUUUCCUAUUUCUGGAGUGGAAGGGCGAGCGGUCGCCCAACACCGUCACCCCCGCCAACGGCCGCACAUAAGGGGCUCACCAUUGAGUUG